GUAAAAUUGUUUACAAGUUUCUCCUUCAUAUCUUGACAUGCUGUUAUUUCAGGUAUUGGUGUUCCUUCGGCCCUGAAAAUUAUGGAGAAGGUGGCGAUAUUUUACCUAGCCGACGAUAUCGGCUUAACACUCGAAACCGAGCUGCUAGACCCCAGUCCAUGAGGGGCUGCACUUGCCAUUUCAUAGUGAAGCGCUUGUAUACCCGUCCAUCUCUUGCACUUAUUAUAUAUAACAACAGGCGUCAUGUUAACAAGUCCGGUUCUUUAUGCCAUGGGCCGCUUGAUAGAGAUGCUAUUGGCCCUGGUGCAAAAAAGAUUCCAUACGUUUGCAAUGAGAUUCAACAACAAACUAUGUCUAUGAUCUAUCUUGGCAUUCCUGAGAAGAAUGUUUUAGAAAAACAUAUUGAGGGUAUUCAACGUUAUUGUGGUUCUGAUGCGAAAGUGAAUAGCCUUGCUGCUCAGUAUGUCCACAAACUUGGCAUGAUUAUCAAAAGAUCUACUCAUGAAUUGGAUCUAGAUGAUCAAGCUAGCAUAAGAUUGUGGGUCGAGCGGAAUAAGAAAUCUAUUUUCUUUUAUCAGGAUACAUCGGAACAUGAUCCAUUCAUCUUAGGUAUCCAAACUGACUGGCAGUUACAACAAAUGAUUCGUUUUGGACAUCGUAGUCUAAUAGCAGUUGAUUCAACAUUUGGUAUAAAGAAACUAAAGUAUCCUUUGUGCACACUUCUUGUGUUUGAUUCAAGACAGCAUGCCCUUCCUGUUGCUUGGGUCGUCACCCGCACAAUUGCCAAGCCUGACGUGAGUAAAUGGAUGAAAGCUCUUCAUGAUCGUGUCCGUGCUGUCGAUCCAACAUGGAAGGUCAAUGGUUUCCUAAUCGACGAUGCUGCAGCAGAAAUUGACCCCAUAAGGGAGAUAUUUUCAUGUCCGGUUCUAUUUUCACUUUGGCGUAUUCGUAGAUCGUGGUUGAGAAAUAUCAUCAAGAAAUGUAGUAAUGUUGAAGUUCAAAGAGAGAUAUUUAAGCGUCUAGGUGACACAGUGUACAGCAUUUGGGAUGGAAGUGAUCCUUUUGUUGCUUUAGAAGAACUUUCUCAAGAUUUUGUUGAUCAAAUGGCCUUCUUGCAAUAUUUCAAAGCCACUUGGGAGCCUAAAUUUGAAAUGUGGCUUACUACAACGAGAACGUUACCUCUUGCGAGUCAGGAAGCAUCUGGUGCAAUAGAAGCAUAUCAUGUCAAGUUGAAAGUCAGACUAUAUGAUGAUUCACAUCUUGGGGCACUCCAGAGAGUUGAUUGGUUGGUUCACAAAUUGACAACUGAGUUACACUCCAGCUACUGGCUUGAUCGAUAUGCAGAUGAAAGUGAUUCUUUCCAAAAUGUGAAGGAGGAGUAUAUUGCCACCACAUCCUGGCAUCGAGCUCUGCAAAUUCCUGAUGAUGCUGUGACCUUGGAUAACAAGGAUAACUCAUUCGCAAAAGUUUUGAGCCAGAAAGACAGCAGUAAAACACACCUAGUUUGGAAUCCUGGGUCAGAAUUUGCCCAUUGUGAUUGUGAAUGGUCAAUGCAAGGAAAUAUGUGCAAGCAUAUUAUUAAAGUCAAUAUGAUAUGUGGGAAUCUUCAAUCAUGUCGACCUUCUAUGUCAUUUCAAUCAUUUAAUGAGGUUCUAGUGAGUCUAACGAGAAAGCCGGUGGAUGAUUCAAUGGCACUGGAUCUGUCAACAGCAUGGACACACCAGAUGCUUGAUCAAAUUCGGAAGCUAGUUGAGCUAAACCAGUCUCAUGAUAUUGGCACCAUAGUAAAUAAUAUGCCUUUGAGAUGGGUCGCUAAAAAGGGCAGAACAUCUGUUGGCAGACCAUCAGCUAUUGCUCUCCCCUCCAGUGCCAACAACAGUUUAAUUUGUUCAACUGCUAAAAAGAAUCGAAAGAGGAAGAGAUUAUCAAGAUUACGAUGAUCUCUUGUGGAGGACAGAAAUAUCUCCGCAGGAACUAUGCAUUGGUGCUGUUCUUGUUCCACCAUGCAGCUAUCAGCCCUAGCCGCUUCAUUUGGCUGACCAGACAGAAAGAAAUACUUGGUUGAUUCAGUAUGUUCAAAGGCAGCUCCAACACUGAUGCUCAACAUUCGCUAGAUGCAUUUGAUGUUUGGUAUUUUCUACUGCAGAGCAAGUUUUAUGGGGAAGUUCUAAUAAGAUUAUCACCGCAUUCAGACCUUGUCCGCUGGGUACUAAAGUACCCUUAUUGGGAACAAAUGGAGCGGUCACACCCCAGACAAGAAGCAUCAAUAGACUCGAAGCAUAUACGGUACCAAUCAGAAACUGCCAGGAUUCUCUCCUUUUUGUCUUUAGAUGUCCUUGUAUGCCUUUUAUUUACAAUUGAAACAUACAAACUGACCACUAGAAUAAUUUGUUCAUGAUACAAUGUACAUAUGUUGUAUAUGGAUUUUUCCAUGAUUCAGUUGAGGAAACAGCAGCAGGUCUAAUUAGGUGUGCACAUUGAUUUAGACAACUUUUUCUUGGUUCUAUCAAUUUCCUGUCUGGAUUGGAUUGUCUGCAAGCGGAAAGUCAUGAAGUUUUUGUUUGGUAAUGUAGAUGAAUAUGUUAGCAGUACAAUUGUAUUGACUAUUGAGGAUUGUAUAAUGUAAUGACAUAGCUGUGUCGCUAUCGUUCCGCCA